GGCUUUAUGAGCCCAGCCAAUUAGAGAAUGGAGCGAUGUGGUGAUGCCGACUUAGUCGGCCAUGGAACGACAAAUGUUGCAGAGAGGACCGAGCAGCAGCAGCGCUCCGUCUUGGCAGGCUGCGACUGCUGUACAGGGCGAAACUGGAGGAUAGCUGUGGAACAGCAUGACUUGAGGGCUUGGUGCUGAGGGUCUUUCUGGAGGACCCUCUCAAGACUACCGCAAGGUGAGAGGGCCCCAGGGGAAGCCGGCAAGCUCUCAGCAUCAUGCUGAGUACUUCCCGCGCGACGCGACUCGAUGCAGGAUUCUUUCUUGCAAGAGAGCCUUUGGAGGGUUAGCGCAGCCACAGCUUAUGAGUAUAAGACUGCUUUAUAUGUUCCCAAGAAUCAAGUUUCAAGGAUCGCAGAGUCGGGUUUGUCUUGGGAAAUCAUCUUCGUGUCUCGUAGAAAAGAAAAGAAAACCAUCCGAAGCGAAAAACUUUCAGUGUAUGCAAGGAUGGAUCGCUAUUCUCAUAUUUCUCGAGUCCCUUUCCUCUCUCUCAGGCUGCUGCUACUGCUGCUGUCGCUCGCCGCGUGGCACCAGGCUGCAGCUGCAGCUCCCACGAACGAGCAGAUGCAGGUGGAGGUCUCUAAUCUCCAGCUCGCUGCUGCAGCCAGGCCACGCUACUCCGUCAUCGCUAGGUUCCUGGAAAGGGCGAUUGAGAAUCCCGAUUCCAACUACACCCUACUCCAGAACACGACCAUAUUACUUCCUUCCAAUCAGGCGUUGAUCGACACGCUGCUGCGAGCUUGGGAUAAUGGCACAGAGUGGUUGCGCACAGUGUCUUACAACAUCAUCAAUGGCCUGUACACGCUUAGGGGACUGCGACAACUGCCUCGAAAUGCGCAGAUUCCAACAUUGUUGGAAGGUGCAAACCUCACCAAAUUCAACCCCAGCUUCAGUGUGGCACUUGGCCAGCCAGGAACGAAGCUGUAUACUUGGGCAGUGGUGAAGAUUCCCAAUCUGUACAAUGGGGUGUUUCUCAAAGCACAUGGCGUGGACAGGUGGGUUGUGCCACCGGUGGCAUAGCUCUUGCUUUGCAAGUGGGGCCAUCUUUUGAAGCUGGGUUGGGAUGGGACAGCUUGAGAGAAGGCCUUUUGCUAUGUGUAUGGGCACAUGUUUUUUGGUUACAGCAUGGAUGCUGCUGAUGUAGUGUAGUGCCCUGUAGUGUAACAGCUAGGGGAAUGAGGCGGACCUGAAGUGUUUUCUCGUGAAUUUGAGUUUUUGUUGUGUUCUCUGCAUUAUACCGUCCGUACCGUAGUAUAAUCUGGUUGUGCAAUGGGCUGAGUUAUUCCGAAUAGCUCAUACGGUAGCUUUCUAGGGCCUCAGAUUGCAGGCUUUUUACCCUGAUUC